GAUCACGGAGUACCACAAUUUGCCACUUCGCUCAUUAGCUUCAUCAAGCGAGUACAAAAAGAUCACAACAAAGAUAAAGGCGUGCCACUCAUGGUCCACUGCAGUGCUGGUGUGGGUCGUACUGGCACCUUUAUCAUGCUGGAUAUAAUGAUGGACAGAUUGAAACAAGAGGAGUCCAUUAAUGUGUAUGAGGUACUGAGGCAGUUGAGAUCAAAGAGAAUGUACAUGGUUCAAACACAGGCCCAGUAUGUGUUCCUUCAUGAUGCUUUGGAUGAGUUGACCACUUGUGGUGAUACUUCGAUAAUUGGAUCCAACCUGAGAGCUCGUGUCAACAAAAUGCACAAGAUGAUUCCAGGAAAGAACAUAACUGGAUUCCAGGAGCAAUAUGAGUUAUUGGAUCAGGUUGGAUACAAACCCAGUGAAAUGAUGUACUCUGAUGGUACUACUACUGUUAAUGUACCCAAGAACAGAUACCCUGAAAUUGUACCAUUGAAUAUGCAUAGGCCAAGGCUUAGGCCUGAUGGUAGCAAUGGAUCUGAUUAUAUUAACGCAAGCUUUGUUGACGUAAGUACGGGAAUUUUGUAUUGAUUAGGUGUUUAUCUAAAUCUCU